GACUUUGAUGACAACAUUUGCCCACGAAGGACCACUGCGCCACCUUCCUGUUCAACUGAGCCCAGCACAACAAGGGGGAUUCUACACUAGUAGAUUUGACUGCUGGCUUCUUCUUCAUCUCUAAAAAGAAAGAAAGAAAGAAAGAAAGAGAGGAGGAUGUCGGGGAAGAAAGAGUUUGACGUGAAACAGAUCCUUAGGCUGCGUUGGCGCUGGUUUAGUCAUUCAUCCCAGAGUUCUGCCGGAGGAGGAGGAGGGGGUGGAGGAGGUGGAGGAGGAUACCUCCAGGAGAGCUUUGAUCACAGAGGGACCCCAGUCCAGGGCAGGCUGAAGAGUCACUCCCGGGACAGAGGUGGCAGCGGUGGGGGACUCUGGAAGCAGAACAGCAACAGUCCGGUCCAUAGUAUCCUGGCCCCCACGCCUGUCUAUGUCAGAGCCAGUAAUCAAUCAUGGCACCAGCAGAACAUUAUUCAGCACCUGCAGCAGCAGGGCGGCCACGAGCUCCCGAAGAACAGCAGCUCACCUAACAACACCAGGAAGGAGGACUGCUCCAAGAGCAGCCAGGAGAAUGUGAAGAGUGUAGAGGAAUCCUCGGAGGCGGAAGCAAGACACAGGAUGAGCUCCAACGGCUCGGAUGAGUUCUUCCAGGCUACAAACCAUGCGGAACAGACCUUUCGCAAGAUGGAGACUUAUCUUCAGCACAAGCAGYUGUGUGAUGUCGUCUUGAUAGCGGGAGAUCAUAAGAUCCCGGCUCACAGACUGGUCCUUAGUGCAGUAUCUGACUACUUUGCUGCCAUGUUCACCAGCGAUGUGAGAGAGGCCAAACAGGAGGAGAUCAAGAUGGAGGGGGUGGAUCCAGAAGCCUUGAGAUCUCUGGUCCACUUUGCCUACACUGGUGUCCUUGAAUUGAAGGAGGAGACCAUAGAGAGUUUAUUGGCUGCAGCCUGCCUUCUACAGCUCUCGCAAGUCAUUGAGGUUUGCUGUAACUUCCUCAUGAAACAACUCCAUCCAUCUAACUGCCUGGGGAUACACUCCUUCGCUGACGCCCAGGGAUGCAUGGAUCUGCUCAACGUGGCCCACAACUACACGAUGGAGCACUUCCUAGAGGUGAUUCAGAACCAGGAGUUUCUCCUGCUUCCUACGGCUGAGAUCGUCAAACUCUUGGCCAGUGACGACAUAAACGUACCAGAUGAGGAGACCAUCUUCCAGGCUCUGAUGACGUGGGUGCGGUUCGAUGUUCAACAUCGCCAGCAGGACCUUGGGGUUCUCCUGGCCUACAUCCGCCUGCCACUUCUGCCUCCACAGCUCCUAGCUGACCUGGAGAAYAAYACRAUGUUCUCAGAUGACCUGGAAUGCCAGAAGCUUCUAAUGGAAGCCAUGAAGUACCAUCUGCUUCCGGAGCGUCGCCUCAUGUUCCAGAGCCCCAGGACUAAACCCAGGAAGUCYACUGUAGGAGUACUCUACGCUGUGGGAGGCAUGGACGCUACCAAGGGAUCUACGACCAUAGAGAAGUAUGACCUGCGGACCAACACAUGGACCCAGGUGGGGGUGAUGAACGGCCGGAGGCUGCAGUUCGGGGUGGCAGUGAUCGACGACAAGCUGUACGUGGUGGGGGGCCGAGACGGGCUGAAGACAUCCAACAUGGUGGAGUGUUACAACCCUUUCAACAAUGUCUGGUCCACCAUGCCUCCCAUGUCUACACACAGACACGGACUCGGUAUAACAGUGUUGGAGGGCCCCAUGUAUGCAGUAGGUGGCCAUGAUGGAUGGAGUUACCUGAAUACAGUGGAGAGGUGGGACCCCCAGGCUAAACAGUGGAACUACGUGGCCAGCAUGUCCACGCCACGCAGCACUAUGGGAGUCACCGCACUCAACGGAAAAUUGUUUGCAGUUGGCGGUCGGGAUGGGAGCUCGUGUCUGCGGUCGAUGGAAUGCUUUGAUCCACACACCAACAAGUGGAGCAUGUGUGCCCCCAUGGCGAAGAGGAGAGGAGGGGUGGGUGUGGCCACGUACAACAGCUUCCUCUAUGCUGUGGGUGGUCAUGAUGCCCAGGCGUCCAACCACUGCUCCAGACUCUCAGACUGUGUAGAGAGGUAUGAUCCCAAAACAGACACAUGGACCACGGUGUCCUCUCUGAGUGUCCCCAGAGAUGCUGUAGGUAUCUGUCUGCUAGGAGACAGGCUAUACGCUGUCGGAGGAUACGACGGAACAUCCUACCUGAACAGUGUUGAGUCCUAUGAUGCACAGAACAAUGAAUGGACUGAGGAGGUCAAUCUCAACAUCGGAAGGGCUGGAGCCUGUGUUGUAGUUGUGAGAAUACCUUGAGGACUACAACUCCCUACAACCCCCUGGAACACCACACAGGAAACAGGUUAUGAUGUCACCACUGAUGUUUUUUCUACUGUAAAGGCAAACCUAUAUUGCAUUCCUCACAAACCAUUGUUUCUAUCAACAGUGAUUUUCAUUGUCCAAGGAUUUUCUCUUUGAUUAUGAGAAUGUACUUUACCAUAUCUACGGAUCAACAAUCUGCAUAGUAGUGGUUAAAAAAGUAGGAAACUCUGCCACACUCUUGUUGAUAUGUUUGCUCUGUUAAAAUGGUCUGUCAGAAAAUAAUGUUUUCCAUAUGAUACCACGAAAGAAAUGACAUUUAACCCAUAAGAGUCGAAACCCUGUCUAAGCCAGGGGAGGGGGAUUUUACGACCCAUUGAAGUAUAACAAAAUCAUUAUUUGAUGAACAUUUUUGUUUGGCUUGCUAUUAGCCAAUACAAACGCAUUGAAUAACAGAUUCACUACAUGGAACAACAGAUAGUCCCAAAACAAAAUCUAGAGGAAGUCCCUAUAUCUGAGAGAUUUAAGAAUGAUCAGGAAGCAUUUGUAUUUUUUUUUUUACAUGUAUAUAACCACUUAUUUUUU